AUGUCAAUCGAGAUUGUUCCACUGGCCAAGGCCGACAUUCCCGGUGCUGUAGACUGCGUGCAGAGAGCUUUUUCCGACGACCCUUACUUCCGAUGGGCAUUUAACGAUCCGUCCAAGUUUAACAUCGAGCGAAACGCAGCUUCUCUCGCGGCCCAUUUCCACUAUGGCAUCAACUGCGGCUGUCCUAUCUCCGUCGCCCGGGUGAGCCGCGCUGCCGGCGACGUCAAGACCGACCGCGAGAUCAAAUUGCCGCCCGGCAGCAUCGUCGGCGUUGGCUGGUGGUACUCCCCGCGGGAACCGUCCAAGCCGCAGACCUGGUUUGUGUGGGCACAAGAAUGGAUCCUUUCCUUCCGACAGCUCGUGAACAAUAUCCUCUUUUUGGGCCGCGGUGGGUUGAAUCUCCCACGGUACUGGAUCUGGAAGCAGGUGCAGCAUGACGCACAUGAAGCUCUCUGGAAAGAUCCGCGCGGAUACUAUUUCUGUAAUAUGGUCGGCGUCAGCUCUUCGGUCCGUGGCAUGGGAGUUGGAAAGCGGCUGAUGGAGAGCGUUAUGGAUAAGGCUGACCGGGAGGGGAUGCCGUGUUACCUGGAAAGCUCGAAAGGGGAUCCCAACGUGACUAUCUAUGAGAAAAUGGGAUUCGAGCUGGUCAAGGAAAUCGAGUGCGUGGAGGGUGGGGAUAUUUGCAGGCUUUAUUGCAUGAUUCGAGAGCCAAAGUCCAAGACUUGA